AUGGCUCUGCUGUUCAUCCCUGCGUCCAUGUGCCCCGGCCACCAGUGGCUCACGGGCGGCGGAGCUCUAUUGCGGGACGCAGCACAUCGGGCUGAGAUGGCCCUUGGUGUGCUGCCAUCGCCCUUCCUCGCGGAUCUUGCACGCCUCCGCACAACCAAUGACGCUGUUCAGCGUUCCUCGGUCGUGCCGCUCUGCAGCCUCGACGCUGCGGCGAUUCUCCCCUUUGUCGAGAUGUUGCGUUCGCCAAUGGUGUGCGGAUUGCCGUUUCGACCUUUGAUUGGCGGAGAUGGUGGUUGUGAGUGA